CUUUACUACAAGAGCGAAACGCUGAUGACUCUGCGACGCUAAAAAUACGCCAGAGCUCACCAGCGAUCGUGGGAAAGGAGAAAAUUUCGGAAAAUCUUUGCAGUCGAACUCAUACACUUCGAACGGACGAGAUUUCUUGCCAAAGGCGGAGGAACAAGGAAUACAGUUGAAAAUGGUUUAUGAGAGUGAUUUCUACACCACACGUCGGCCCUACGGUCGAUCAACCGUCUCGUCGUACACAGUUACGAGAAAUGAGGUGCCCUGGGAGAAGGUACCCUUUGUGCCGCGUCCCAGUCUCAUUGCUGAUCCCGUGACGGCAUUUGGCAAGACGAAGCCGCGCCGCGAGGAGCGCAAGAGCAUUCUGGACCCAAUCAAUCGGGCGGCGAUCAAGCCAAAAGAGUCCCUGCUGCGCCCCUUGCAGCCCUACAUCUCGGCGCGCGACAGGACACGCGAGAGUGUCUUCAGGGAGAUGAAGCGCCAAGAGGGCCUGCGCGACGCUGGCGGCUCCCUAGCCGCCAUCACUGACCCUCACUCCAUGGACAGCGUCCUGCCACGCCUCCAUAGAACCACCGACGCAAAGACCGUCCACAGAAAGGUCUUCUUCGUCUCGCCCCAAUACACGCCACGUUAUUACACGGUUACCGAUGAACCAUCUCGUCCGCGUCGUGCCGAAGAGCAAUACUCCUAUUCAUACAGCUCCACCAAUAAGUCCAGCUCAAACUCGAACGAUCCCUACUCGAGACCAUCGAGCUCGUCCUAUUCCUCGCACGUUGAGAAGUCGUCUCGCUCCGGACCCGGUGGCUACAAUUACUCCACCGAGCGCACGUCCACCACUGGCUCCGGGCCGGGUGGUUACAGCUACAGUUCCACCACUUCCGGACGCCUGCCCUACGGCACCAACUACCGCCACUACUCCUACCGCACUCCCGUGAGGAUCCUGCCGAAAACAAGGGUGUACACAUUCAGUUACUCAGUGCCCAUUGUAACAUCACCAGUUCGAUUCCACACACUCCCCUAUGUUGCUCACAAACGCCUUGUGCCGGGAACACGCGUCGUAACUAAUCCAACACGAGUGUAUCGUUCGUCUCCAGUGAGGGUGAUCCGGUCGUCACCGGUGAGACUGACCUCACCUGUUCGCCCCCUAACAUUUCCCGUUCGCCCAUCCGUCAUCCACAGAGAGCUGUACCGCAUUGAAAACAAGGUCCGUUCGAGUCCCGGGUAUCUGCCAACAUCGAGUUACCUAAACUCUUCCUCGCACCUGGACUUUGCCGAUGAAGCCAGAGACAUCCGCAAUGCCACCACGGCCCUGCUCAAGACCUGCCACACUAAAGUGCCACGAGCAGCUAGCGUUCCUCCAGUGGUUUACUCCAGGCUUGAUCGUCUUCAAUCACCAGCUCCGUACGAUCGUGGAUUUGAUUCUUACAUCCAGGAUGUGUUGAAUCCCGUGCGAAAAGUUGCUCGGGACAUCAGAUUCUUCUCAAAUUAUGCCGAACCAGCGCGCAAAUUUGUUGGUAAGAGCCAUUUGGCAUCUAUCCGCAUAGUGGGAAAUAAAGCCUACGCAAAGAGGAAACCACUUAAAGAAGAUCUUUUCCCUAGUAAAGUCCAAAGUGAUAUAAAAUUGCUCUCAUACUAUGCCAAGAACAAGCAAGUUCCAGCGAAAGAUGACCAAGAAGACGAAAAGAAAGCUGGUGCUAAAGAAAUUGAUGACUUUACGUUGGAGCGUAAAAAUAGAAUGAGGGCGAAAUUGGAGGAAGACGCUCUUCUCGAGGAGGCCAAGGCGGCCGAGAAGAAGCGCCAAGCCGAGGAGGCGAAGCGUGCCGAAGAGGCCCGUCUAGCUGAGGAAGAGAGACGCGCCGAAGAGGAGCGCCAGGCUGAAGAGGCUCGCGUGGCAGAGGAAGCUCGUCUCGCUGAGGAGGCUAAGAAGGCCGAAAAGGCGCGCAAAGCUGAAGAGAAGCGAAAGGCCGAGGAGGCCAGGAGGGCUGAAGAGGAGAGACUCGCCGAAGAAGCCCGACUUGCCGAAGAAGCCCGACUUGCUGAGGAAGCUCGCCUCGCUGAAGAAGCGCGCCUGGCAGAGGAGGCUAAACUGGCCGAAGAAGCUCGUCUCGCCGAAGAGGCGCGUCUGGCCGAAGAGGCCCGCCUUGCCGAAGAAGCUAGGCUAGAGGAAGAGGCUAGACAAGCUGAGGAACUGCGAAAGCAGCGCGAAGAGGAAAUUGCUCGUCUUGAAGAGCUGGAGAAGAUCGCAGCUGAAGAACAGGAAGCCGAAUUGGCCAGACAAGCCGCCGAAUUGGCUGAACUUGCUCGCCAAGAGGCUGAACUCGAUGCUCAUCUGAAUAAUGGAGAAGAAUCUGAGGAACCUGUGGUGGUCACGGAGGAGGAAGACAAGGCCUAUGAGUCUACCGACGAGCCCCCCGAGGCCUCACCAGAGCCCGAAGUCCAGACAGUUGAGCCCCUGAUUGAAGACAGUGGAGAUGUCGACGAUGUCUUCGGAGACAAUCCUGAUGACUAAGAAACCUACUCUAUUUUUAUACAUAUACAAAAAUUAAGCAUCAGUGUCAGAAGCAUACUUUUCAAAUUCUAAACAAACAUUAAAAAAAAAAAUUAAUGCAUUUCAGAUUCCUAUUUAAAAAAAAUAAAUUCGAAAUUAAAAUUGAGGUAAAGUCUUGAGAAAUCAAGAAUGAGACAUUGAAAAUGACCCUUCUAAUAAGUACUUUAGAUGACAGGUACAUUAUAAACAUGUAAACGAAGCGCAUUUUAUAUCAUAUGAAAAUAAUACAAAAGUCAAUUGUAAAUAUUGCAAAUCAUUGCUAUAAUAUACUUGUUAGAUAUUUUUCCUCUAUUUUCCCCUCCCUUUUCAUGUUGAACAAAUAAAUAUUAAUCGUUGUUUCUAUCUUAUAUCAUUGUGUACCAAAGCCGUUGCUUCAAUUUCUUAGAGUUGUCCUUCCAAUUAUGUUUGUGGUGUAAAAUCUCUACAUCAAUUAAAUAAAUGUACAAAAAAAAGAAA